GCUGCGUGGCUUCCUCCGGGAGGCGGGCACCUCGGACGUGGCGGGGCUCGGCCAGCUGGGGGGGUCCUGAGGCGCCUGGCCCCGCCGCCCUUCGCAGCUGUAAGGCUUUCGACGGGCAUCGCACCUUGGCAGUUUGGGGCUGGCGGGGAGAAUGGGUUCAGAAAUGGAGUCGUCGCUGGAAACAAGCUUCUCGUCCAGCGGCGCGGUGUCGGGGACCUUAGGGCUUCUGCCUCCGGCCCGCUCCCGCAUCUUCAAGAUCAUCGUGAUCGGCGACUCCAACGUGGGCAAGACGUGCCUGACCUACCGCUUUUGCGCUGGCCGCUUCCCCGACCGCACCGAGGCCACUAUCGGGGUGGAUUUCCGAGAACGAGCGGUGGAGAUUGAUGAAGAGCGCAUCAAGAUCCAGUUGUGGGACACGGCAGGACAAGAACGAUUCAGAAAGAGCAUGGUACAGCACUAUUACCGAAAUGUUCAUGCCGUUGUCUUCGUAUAUGACAUGACCAACGUGGCUAGUUUUCAUAGUCUGCCGUCUUGGAUAGAAGAAUGCAAGCAACAUUUGUUAGCCAAUGAUAUACCGCGGAUUCUCGUUGGAAAUAAAUGUGACUUGAGAAAUGCCAUUCAGGUGCCCACAGACUUGGCACAAAAAUUUGCUGACGCACACAGUAUGCCUUUGUUUGAAACCUCUGCUAAAAACCCCAAUGAUAAUGACCACGUGGAAGCUAUAUUUAUGACCUUGGCUCAUAAGCUUAAGAGCCACAAACCAUUAAUGCUUAGCCAACCCCCUGAUAGUGGAAUUAUCCUGAAGACUGAACCAAAGCCUGCAGUGACAUGCUGGUGCUAAAUAACAGUCUUUGUGAUGCUAUCUAAUUUUGAGUAAAGAAAUAUUUUGGAAGUAUGACAGUGAUAAGCCAUAAGAUUUGAUUGCAGAUAUAUGGGAUCAUCCUGGCACCUUGCUGUUUAUCAUUGUCAUGCUUACUUUUGUACUUCGUAUUAAGUUUGUUGCUGUGACAACACAAGGAAAGAGUUGGUUUUGAUGUGAGGUUCAAAUGAAGCAAAGGUGGGAUGACUCAGCGUAUCUUUUCAUUGAGAGCCCAGUGAAGGAGCCUUCAGAUGAGAGAGAAUGUGAUGGGAUUAUAAGACUCAGCAGCUGUUCAGUCCUGUAUUCCUGGGAUUGAAAAAAUAUAAAGAA